GCCGUCGGCCCCUGGGUAUGGAUUCCAUCCUCCCAACUCCGCCGCCGCCGCUCCGCCCCCAGGACCGUCCUCCUCCCAGAUGGCCAGGAAAGCCGGUCCCCUGCAGCCGGACGGCCAGUACGUUCCCGACUACUAUUCGGCCCGCUACACGGCGCCCACCCAGCACGUGGCGGCUCCUCAUCCUCCUCCCCCUCACCCCGUGGGGUCCGGCGCCAUGAAUGCGGCGUUGGGGUCCCGGCCGGCGUACGGCGGGGGUCUCCCCGCCCCCGGGGUGGCGGUGGCGACUCCGGCCCACUUACGGGCGAGUGCCCCCCAUCCGUACCCCGCUCCUGGCAAUCAUUACGGCGGCCCGGCCGCGUACUCCGCCACCCCGGCCGUGGCCCCUCAGGGAUUCCCCAGCUCUUCCGGCCAACCUGCCGUCUCCGGAGCGGCUCAUCCCGGCGUCCCGUACCCUCCCGUUCCUCCCGGAAAUCCGUACGGGCCGGGGUUUACCUCACGGGGCGCCUCGCUGACCAGGCAGCUGCCGGAGAAUUCAUUUCCAGCGGUCGCCCCUCCACCGACUGCCGCGGUUGCCCACCCAUCGCCGCCGAGGCCCCUGGGGUCCGGCGCGGCGUCAUGGCCGGCUUCGGGCGGUCAGUCCUCCCAGGAAAACCUCCUCCGAAACCACACGGGAUCCACGGUUGCCGCAGGCAACCCUUCAAGUACAGUCGCAGGUUCUCCAUCCCGCCCCACAAACCAAAGCGUUCAACGGCCGAACACCUGCCCAGCCUCCUCGUCAGGGAAACCCCAGGCAGCUCCGGGGCAGCAGCCGACCCGGCCCAGGGCCCCGGUUUCGCAUCCGUCGGAUCCAGCGGUACAAGAAGGCACGCAGUAUGGUGGAUAUAUUAAUAACCAAGCUAGCUCAGCACCGAAUCCCUUGUCCUCAACUUCAGAUGAUGAGGAAGAGGAGGAGGAGGAGGAUGAGGAAGCAGUUUCAGCCAUGCCCCAGGUUACAACCAGCCCUGGGAUAGAACCCGUAUUGUUUGAUGCCUCACCCCAGGCAUACAUCCGGCCGGCCUUGACGUCCCAGCCGAGCGAUUCGGCCAUUGACAGCUCCUCUACAACAAGCAGCGCAUCUCCAGUGCCCAACAACUAUGAUGCCCUAGAAGGAGGAGGAUAUCCAGAAACGCUUUCGUCGUCUACCAGCAGUCCAGCGCCCGCUCCCUCCACCCCUCAGCCAGCCAAGACGUCGAAGCCUUUCGGUUACGGCUAUCCGACUCUUCAGCCUGGUUAUCAAAACGCGGCCCCUCUUAGUUCUGGAACACAGACUGGUAACCCAGGAUAUCAUUCUGGGUUCCAGCAGUAUGCCCAGCAAUAUCCCAGUGUGAACCAGCUCUCGCCCAGUUUAGGAGGAUUGAGCCUGCAGCAUUCUCCACAGCCAGAAAGCCUGAGACCCGUCAACCUCACGCAGGAUAGGAACAUUCUUCCUACGACUCCUGUUCUGGCUCCUGUCCCCAACUUGAAUGCGGACCUCAAGAAAUUGAACUGUAACCCAGAUUCAUUUCGCUGUACUUUGACAAAUAUCCCACAGACUCAGGCUUUGCUGAACAAGGCUAAACUUCCUUUAGGAUUGUUGUUACAUCCGUUCAGAGAUCUAACGCAAUUACCGGUGAUAACGUCAAGCACCAUCGUGAGGUGUCGCUCCUGCCGGACUUAUAUCAAUCCUUUCGUCUCCUUCAUUGAUCAGAGGAGGUGGAAAUGCAACCUCUGCUACAGAGUCAACGAUGUUCCUGAAGAAUUUAUGUACAAUCCCCUUUCCCGAUCUUAUGGAGAGCCUCACAAGCGGCCCGAGGUGCAGAAUUCAACUGUGGAAUUCAUUGCUUCUUCAGACUACAUGCUCCGACCUCCUCAACCGGCAGUUUACUUGUUUGUUUUAGACGUGUCUCAUAACGCAGUGGAAGCAGGAUAUUUAAACAUUGUCUGCCAGUCGUUGUUGGAAAAUCUAGACAAACUCCCUGGAGAUUCAAGAACAAGAAUAGGAUUUGUAACGUUUGACAGCACUGUUCAGUUCUACAACUUGCAAGAAGGUUUAUCCCAGCCUCAGAUGUUGGUUGUCUCAGAUAUCGAGGACAUUUUCUUACCUACACCUGAUAGUUUACUUGUGAAUCUACAUGAAAGUAAGGAGCUGAUAAAAGACUUAUUGAAUGCAUUACCAAAUCUGUUCACCAAUACAAGAGAAACGCAUAGCGCUCUUGGCCCCGCACUUCAGGCUGCCUUUAAAUUGAUGUCUCCAACAGGUGGCCGGGUGUCUGUGUUUCAGACACAGUUACCUUCCUUGGGUGUAGGACUCUUACAGUCCAGAGAAGAUCCCAAUCAAAGAUCAAGUACAAAGGUUGUUCAACAUCUUGGUCCCGCAACUGAUUUUUAUAAGAAGUUGGCCUUAGACUGUUCAGGACAGCAAACGGCAGUGGAUCUCUUCCUUUUAAGUUCACAGUAUUCUGAUCUGGCAUCUCUAGCUUGCAUGUCCAAGUAUUCUGCAGGGUGCAUCUAUUAUUAUCCGUCUUUCCAUCAUAGUCAUAAUCCUGCACAAGCAGAAAAAUUGCAAAAGGAUUUAAAACGCUAUCUCACGAGGAAGAUUGGGUUUGAAGCAGUCAUGAGAAUAAGGUGUACAAAAGGUCUCUCAAUACACACUUUUCACGGCAACUUUUUUGUGCGAUCUACUGAUUUGCUGUCUCUCGCCAACAUCAACCCCGAUGCCGGAUUUGCAGUGCAGAUGUCAAUUGAGGAGAGUUUGGCAGACACUUCGUUAGUAUGUUUUCAGACAGCCCUUCUGUACACUUCAAGCAAAGGGGAGCGGAGAAUUCGAGUGCACACCCUCUGUUUGCCAGUGGUGAGCUCGUUGGCAGAUGUGUACGUAGGAGUGGAUGUACAAGCAGCCAUCUGCCUUCUAGCAAACAUGGCUGUCGACAGGUCAGUUUCCUCGAGUCUGUCGGACGCCAGAGACGCCCUGGUGAACGCGGUGGUAGAUUCACUGUCGGCGUACAGUUCUACAGUGUCAAACUGGCAGCAGUCUGCCGUGAUCGCACCUUCCUCCCUCAAGCUGUUCCCUCUGUAUGUUUUGGCACUUCUCAAACAGAAAGCAUUCAGGACUGGUACCAGUACACGCCUGGAUGACCGUGUAUUUGCUAUGUGCCAGAUGAAGUCUCAGCCACUGGUUCAUCUGAUGAAAAUGAUUCAUCCCAAUUUAUAUAGGGUAGACAGACUGACUGAUGAGAGCUCAAUUCAUGUUAACGACAGAGUUGUGCCCCAACCCCCUCUUCAAAAAUUGUCCGCAGAGAAGCUGACAAGAGAAGGCGCUUUCCUUAUGGACUGCGGUUCGGUUUUUUACAUUUGGAUUGGAAAAAGCUGUGAUAACAACUUCAUAAAAGACGUGCUCGGAUACCCUAACUCUGCAUCCGUACCUCAGAAGCUGACACAUCUCCCCGAGUUAGACACCCUUCCGUCGGAAAGAGCCAGAUCUUUUCUCUCCUGGCUUCGGGACAGCAGACCGUUAAGCCCGAUCCUUCACGUGGUAAAAGACGAGAGUCCUGCUAAGACUGACUUUUUCCACCAUUUAGUGGAAGACAGGACAGAGGCUGCCUUCUCUUACUAUGAAUUCUUGCUUCACGUGCAGCAGCAGAUGUGUAAGUGAAGAGGAACAGACGGGAAGAAAAUAAUCCACGACCUUAGAUUCAGGACUAAACUAUCAGAAGAGCAUUUAGGAAGCUUAAAAAGCACGCAUUAUUCUUUUUUCUCAAAUGCCCAGCACCCUGUCUGAGGCUUUGGCAGUUAAAGGGAUUAAAAAAAAAGGAAGAAAUCCCGAAGAACUGGACAGAUUUUCGCCUGCCUAAAAUAAAAAGGAUAGCAACGAUGACGCUGAUUCACUAACUACAUUUUCAAGUGGUUUAUACACAUUUCUGAUAGUGCAGCAGUAGAGUGCUCUGUUUAUUGCAAGCUGGCAAAUUGAUGUAGCUGUGUGGAAUGAUAUUUCUUAAUGGAAAAUUAGAUAACAGUCUUUUUCUUACAUUUACUAGAACAUUUCUGGACCUGAACUUUGACAGAUGCCAGCAGGCAGCGGUACCAUAAUUUUUGUUUAUAUGAAUUACUUUUUAACAAGGAAUGAUUCGUAUUCAUUGAUUUCAACAUUUUCCCAGUGAAGCCUAGAGAAUUUCAAUAUAUGACCUGUAGAGAUAAACUAUAUACUGUACAUAAGUGUUACGUUUGUAAAAAAAAAAAAAAAAACGACGAAAAACCACACACACAAAACAAAAAAAAUGUAAAAAAUGUAACUACAGAAUAUGAACCGCUUAGUGUGCUACGUUGUUGGGUGUUCGAUGACAGAUCUUUUUGUCCCAGGUAGGAAAUGACUGAUUUAACACAUUAAGAAUUGAGUCCACAGAAGAAACACCAAACUCUUUGUAAUUCUGUUCGAUCUUUGAGGUGGAUUUAUUUAUGAUCAGCUUACUAAUUAAAAAUAUUUUGCUUGUU